AUGGCUACACGCACGACCAAGCGCCUGCGCGGCCCCGAGGACGAGACGCUACGGGACGAGGAACAUCAUUUGUUGUGCGUGGACCCGAGUCUCAUGACGGAGCGUCAGCAGCUGGCGUUUCUACUGCGGACAACCGCUCACGAGGCGUCGGACACUUUGCAGCAGUGCAACAGAGAGCCGCAAGACGUGGCGGUAGCGUCUUUGCAGACUGCAAAGAAGCACCGACGACGUCAGCAGCGCACGGCGAGCGGCCGCCCGUGUCCGCGCACGAAGGGCAAGGAGUACAAGAAGAGACCACGUGCGGUGGACUGGAAGCGGCAAGGGACAGCACGACAAGACGCUUCGCGAUACGAAGAGAAGGUUGAGGUGUCGGGGUCGGAGGAUGAUGUGUCGCGGUUGAAGGCAACGAGUCGGCCCUGUGGAGACAGCGAGCCACGCUGUGCGCUCUGUUGCGAUUACGACACGGCCCACGAGGCGUCAUACUCGGACGUCCUAUUUCUGUGCCCCGCGUGCGACCAGAAGUACCCGACGCAAUGGGCCUUGGGGCGACGCGCCUGCAUGACGUGA